CUAGAAAAGACCUUAGCUCAAUACUUUCCUUAUUGACAUUAAAGAGACUGCGCUGCCUCAUCUCAUUCGUAGAUUAACUUGCCUUUGGAGACUUCUCUGUUUGUGUAACUGCUUAAAAAUGGCUCUUGUCAAGUUGUUGGGUGAGAAGCUACUUAACAAGUCGGGGGAACUGAUCGACGUUACCUCUCUAGUUGGGGAAGGAAAGGUAGUUGGCCUGUAUUUUUCGGCACACUGGUGUGGACCUUGCCGGAACUUCACACCCAAACUGAGUGAAUUUCACAACACAUUGAAGCUUGGUGAGAAAAAAGAUGUUUUUGAGAUUGUCUUUGUCAGUUCUGAUCGUGAUGAGCAAGCGUUCGACGAAUAUUACAAGAGUAUGCCAUGGCUUGCCCUGCCAUUUGCAGAUCGAAGCCGAAAGAAUAAAUUAUCAAGCAAGUUCAAAGUGCGUGGUAUUCCAACAUUAGUUUUUGUGGACAGUGUGACGGGUAAUUCAGUCAUAACGUCCGGAAGGGAGAAAGUCAUGUCAGAUCCCGAAGGUGUCAACUUUCCAUGGAAACCAAAGGAGUUUGCAGAAAUUUUAGGAAGUGUUGUCCAGAAUAAUGCUGGCGCUGACAUUGCUACAGAGACAUUGAAAGGGAAGCAUUUAUGUCUCUAUUUUUCUGCACAUUGGUGUCCUCCGUGUAAGACUUUUACUCCUGCUCUAGUUGAAACUUACAAGAAAAUUAAGGAGCGAGGAGUUGAGAUGGAGAUGAUAUUUGUGACUUUUGAUCGGUCAGAGGAAUCAUUCAAAGACUACUACAGCAAAAUGCCGUGGCUUACAAUACCAUAUGCUGACGAGGAACGGCGAAAAGAAAUGGCACAAGUUUUUGAAAUCAAUGGGAUCCCUGCCUUAGUUGUGCUGGAUGAGAAUUGGAAACUAAUAACUAGUAGUGGUAGAGAAAGUGUGAAGAGGGAUCCAGAGGGCAAGGAGUUCCCAUGGCUACCAAAGCCAGUGAACGAGCUGAAUGAGGGAACCUCUUCGCCAAUCAAUGAAGAGCCUUGUGUUGUAUAUUUCACUAGUUCUGAGGCUGAAAAUGUUGAUAGUGAAUUGGCAAUGAUGGAACCUAUAGCUGCAAGCUUUAUUGAGAAGGCUAAGGUGUCUGGUGAUGAUGUGCCUAUAUUCUUUGUCGGUGGAUCAGAUGAAAUUGUUUGCUCACUUCUGGAAUUCCUCAAAGUGAAGGACGAAGAAUUGCCUCUUCUAGCAGUUCUUGAUAUUCCCGAGCAGCGUUGGUACCGAGCGCCAGAUAAAGAAAUAACGGCAGAAGUUAUCACCAGCGUGACGCAAAAGUUUCUUGACGAUGAAUUAGAAUUUCAGGUGUUGUCUGGAAAAUAAGAUGUUGAUCCACAUCAAUAUUAACAUGCUUUGAUAUUCCAGAUAUCAUGAAUUUAGCACAUAUAUUUUUAUAAAGAGAAUGGCCAAAAUUUAUGCACAUUGGCCAACACAUGUCAAUCAACCUUUAAACUUAAUAUUUUAUGUUCAACACC